AUGCCGUCUACCGGAGGCAUUGCCAUUACAUUCACGAAAGACCUUCUGGUUGAUCCCGCAACUCGCGGUGUGCACGAUGUCAGACAUACCGUGGUUGCUGCGGCUAGUAGCUCCAGCGCAUCCCGCGCACAGGAAUUCUUGAACGAGGUCAAGGCUCCGUCGACCGCCAAAGCGUAUGGAUCGUACGCAGAGCUGGUGCAGAAUCCGGACAUCGACAUUGUGUAUAUAGCUACGCCUCAUUCCCACCAUUACCAGAACGCAUUACUCUGCCUUGAGGCUGGCAAGAACGUCUUAUGCGAGAAAGCCUUCACUGUCAACGCCUCCCAAGCGAAGAAGCUCGUCCAGAAGGCAAGAGAGAAGAACCUGUUCCUGAUGGAGGCAGUGUGGACACGCUAUUUCCCCCUCUCUGUCUACGUACGUGAGGCAAUCAGCUCUGGGAGAUUGGGUCACGUAGUCAGAGCAUUUGCCGACAAUUCUCGCGCUUCCGAGCCGGAGAAGGUCUGGGCCGACGGCAAACACAGGAUGGUCAAUCCAGAUUUGGCGGGUGGCGCUCUUCUAGACCUGGGAAUCUACAGCCUCACGUGGGUCUUUCAGACUUUGUACACCACGCAAGCACCCGCGAACCGCCAACCACCAAAGGUUGUUUCUAGUAUGGUUAAGUAUCCACCAACAGGCGUUGACGAGACGACCACCAUAAUACUUACGUUCCCUCGCGACCCCGAACAAGGUGGCGACAUGCACGCGGUAGCAACCACGGGUAUGCGCACAUCAAGUGACAUUGAUGGAAAGGGCACCUCUGGCCCUGCGGUCCGGAUUCAAGGCACAAAGGGCGAAAUACAAGUAUGGCCACCAGCAUACCGGCCAACGAAGACCAGGCUGAUCCUCACCGACGGUACCACGGAGGACAAGGAAUGGACGCAACCUGGUCCAGGUAAAGGAAGUGGGUGGUUCAACGGUUUUGGAGAUGCGAUGAAUGCAGAGGGCGAGGGCCACGGAAUGUUUUGGGAGGCCGAUGAAGCCGGGAGAGCCAUUGUGGAGGGACGUAAAGAGGGUAGGUAUGAAAGCUUGGAUGAAAGUGUAUUGAUCAUGGAGGUGAUGGACGAGGUCCGACGGCAACAUGGCUUCAGCUAUCCCGAGAAGAUUGAGACGACCGAAAGAGUCGAACUAUGA